AUGAGUUCAAGAGGUGGUAGUAGUAGAGGCGGAAGAGGUGGAGGAGGAGGUAGAGGUGGUGGUAGAGGUGGUGCACCAAGAAUGGGAGGUCACGUCGGUGAAGAACAAAGGAAGUAUUUCAUAAAGUCUAUGGAAGAGGUAAAGAAUCUAGGUGCUACUAUGUUUGCAAAAAAAGACAAGAAAGCAUUCGCUACACAAAAAUUGAUUGAACAAGGCAGAAAGGUAGAGAGAAGAAAAGUACCUCUAAAGAUUGGAAAGAUUAAAAUGUCAAAAGAAAAGAAUAGAUAUGAUGAAUUAGUUGCACAGGCAAUGAAAAAUGGAGGUAUAAUGCCAAAGAAACCAUCAUCAAUGAAGAAGGAUGAAGAUGAGAAGGAUCGUGGUUUAGAGAUGAGAAAUGGAAAGUUUUCAAAUGGUACUCACUAUCUUUCAAAGACCGAUGUCAAGAGAGUCUACACUGCUGGAAGAAAGUCAAAGUAA